UCCCCGGCCGCGCCGGCACGGCAGCCGCACCAUGGAUCCUUCCAGCUCGCCCAGCUCCUGCUUCUCCGUCGGCCCCGCCUGCCCCGGCGCCGUGGGGCUCCUCUACCCGAAGGAGCUCAAAAAGUGGGAUGAGUUUGAAGAUAUCUUAGAAGAGAGGAGGCAUGUCAGUGACUUGAAAUUUGCAAUGAAAUGCUACACACCUCUCGUCUAUAAGGGAAUAACUCCAUGUAAGCCCAUUGAUAUUAAAUGUAGUGUUCUGAAUUCUGAAGAGAUUAAUUAUGUCAUUAAACAGGUAACUUUCCAAAGAAUCCCUUCAAUCUGCCGAUGUCCUCCGAGAGGAAGUUAGUGAGAUCUUGGAUGAAAUGAGUCACAAACUGCGUCUGGGAGCCAUUCGGUUUUUUGCCUUCAGCCUAAGCAAAAUAUUUAAACAGAUUUUUUCGAAGGUGUGUGUAAAUGAAGAAGGUAUUCAGAAACUACAACGAGCCAUCCAGGAACAUCCUGUGGUUCUGCUGCCCAGUCAUCGAAGUUACAUUGACUUCCUGAUCCUGUCUUUUCUUUUGUACAACUAUGAUUUGCCUGUGCCAGUUAUAGCAGCGGGAAUGGACUUCCUGGGGAUGAAAGUGGUUAGCGAGCUGCUGCGGAUGUCCGGUGCCUUUUUCAUGCGGCGUACCUUUGGGGGCAAUAAGCUGUACUGGGCUGUGUUCUCUGAAUAUGUAAAAACCAUGUUACGGAAUGGUUAUGCUCCUGUUGAAUUUUUCCUCGAAGGCACAAGAAGCCGCUCUGCCAAGACAUUGCCUCCUAAAUUUGGUCUUCUGAAUAUUGUGAUGGAGCCAUUUUUUAAAAGAGAAGUUUUUGAUACCUACCUUGUCCCAAUUAGCAUCAGCUAUGAUAAGAUAUUGGAAGAAACUCUUUAUGUGUAUGAACUUCUAGGGGUUCCUAAGCCAAAAGAAUCUACAACUGGGUUGUUGAAAGCCAGAAGGAUUCUCUCUGAAAAUUUUGGAAACAUCCAUGUAUACUUUGGAGAGCCUGUGUCACUUCGGUCUCUAGCGGCUGGGAGGAUGAGUCGGAGUCCGUAUAACUUGGUUCCAAGGUAUAUUCCUCAGAAACAAUCCGAGGACAUACAUACCUUUGUUGCUGAAGUUGCCUACAAAAUGCAGCUUCUGCAAGUUGAAAACCUGGUUCUGAGCCCAUGGGCCCUAAUAGUUGCUGUUCUGCUUCAGAACCGACCAUCCAUGGACUUUGAUGCUCUGCUGGAAAAGACUUUAUGGCUGAAAGGCUUAACCCAGGUGUUCGGAGGGUUUCUUAUUUGGCCUGACGAGCCUGCCGAAGAAGUGGUCCAGUCCAGCCUUCUCCUGCACUCCAACCUCGCCAUCCUUGUCCGAGACCAGGUGGUUCUGAAAGUGGACUCCGGAGACUCGGAAGUGGUCAAUGGACUUAUCUUCCAGCACAUCACCCUCCUCAUGUGCUCAGCUUAUAGGAACCAGUUGCUCAACGCUUUUGUCCGUCCUUCCUUAGUAGCUCUAGCAUUGCAGAUGACACCUGGGUUCAGGAAAGAGGAUGUCUAUGGUUGCUUUCGCUUCCUACGUGAUGUUUUUUCAGAUGAGUUCAUCUUCCUUCCAGGAAAUACAAUAAAGGACUUUGAAGAAGGCUGUUACCUGCUUUGUAAAACUGAUGCCAUACAAGUGACUACAAGGGACUUCCUGGUUACAGAAAAAGGAAACACUGUGUUAGAAUUUUUAAUAGGACUCUUUAAGCCUUUUGUGGAAAGUUACCAGAUAAUUUGCAAAUACCUCUUGAGUGAAGAAGAGGACUACUUCACUGAGAAACAGUACUUAGCUGCAGUUAGAAAAUUCACAAGUCAGCUUGUUGAUCAAGGUGCCUCUCAGUGUUAUGAUGUGUUAUCGUCUGAUGUGCAGAAGAAUGCCUUAGCAGCUUGUGUGAGGCUCGGGGUGGUAGAGAAGAAGAAGGAAAAUAAUGAGUGUAUAUUUCGUGUGAAUGAACCUGCCACAACCAAACUAGAAGAAAUGCUUGGUUGUAAGACUCCAGUAGGAAAACCAGCCACUGCAAAACUUUAAUAAUCGCCAAAUGUCUGUGGAAAAUUUGGUCACAUGCUUGCUGUCAUCAAAGGACUCUUAUUACAACAAACAGAAGUAAAGGAGGGAAGAAACACAUAUUCUCGUACUUCGUAAGACUUUGAGAACAAUGGACUUGGUAGCGAGGAUCGGUGUAAGUGGUCUGUGUCACCCUCCCCACCACAACGGGUAUAAGGCAUUUGUAUCCAACACUGUGUGCGUUUUAAAAUAAAAGUCUUUUGGAAACUUAUAAGAAAAAGCAACACUCAGCUCCUAUUUCACUAACACUUUUCAACUUCGUACAUGACUUAAACUUUUAUGUUGACUUUCAAAUUAAAGUAUGACAUCAACACUAAAAGCUCUGGCUAUUAAAAGAAUACUACUGAAAAGG